GUCUCUACACAGGACAGUGCUGAGCCUUUGCUGUUCCGCUGCUGCAACCGCCCAGCCCCCACCGGCGCUGCCCAGCCCGCCUCCCCCCUAACCAGCAUCAGCCAGGCUGCUGCCACCCUCACCGCCCCCAAGCCCUGGCACCUCCGCCCCUCUGGGCACCCUCUGGGCACCCUCUGGGCCCGCUCUGCCCAGCUCGCUGCCGCCCUCACCCGCACUGCCCAGCCCUCACGGCCGGCCUUCCCGCCACACAGCCAGCUUCCUCCCUCGCCUGUUCAGCCCAGCCCCACUUUGCCUUCGCCGCUGUUCAGCUUGUUGCCGCCUUUACCAGCACGUCACCGCCAUAUCCCCAGCCCCCAGUCAGCAUCCGCCGUAGCUCACCUGCAGGCCGGAGCCCCUGACUGGUCUGCAUCGUCCAUCACCUUUUGAGGAGUUCCACGUGUGGCCCGUCGCCUACAAAACAGGUGAGUGACCCAUGGGUCAUCAGCACGCUCAGGGCAAGGGGUUAGGGCGCCGUUAAUGCACGGUGUUAUGGGUGGUCUCCCUCUUGUCUCCUCCUUUUCUUCUAUGAAACACACACCCAUACAACGCUCAGACUCAAACCGGUUCCCCUCCCUCCCUUCCUUUCCUGCCCAACAGUGCCUGGCGGCCACCGAAAUCACCUUCAUCCUGAAACCGCCCCACAGUCGUCUCUACACAGGACAGUGCUGAGCCUCUGCUGGUCCGCUGUUGCAACCGCGCAGCCCCCACCGGCGCCGCCCAGCCUGCCUCCCCCCUAACCAGCGUCAGCCAGGCUGCUGCCGCCCUCACCGCCCCCAAGCCCUGGCACCUCCGCCCCUCUGGGCCCGCUCUGCCCAGCUCGCUUCCGCCCUCACCCGCACUGCCCAGCCCUCACGGCCGGCCUUCCCGCCGCACAGCCAGCUUCCUCCCUCGCCUGUUCAGCCCAGCCCAACUUUGCCUUCAUCGGCUGCUCAGCUUGCAGCCGCCUUCACCAGCACGUCACCACCAUAUCUCCAGCCCCCAGUCUGCAUCCGCCGUAGCUCACCUGCAGGCCGGAGCCCCUGACUGGUCUGCAUCGUGCAUCACCUGUUGUGAUGUUCCACGUGCGGCCCGUCGCCUACAAAACAGGUGAGUGACCCACGGGUCAUCAGCACGCUCAGGGCAAAGGGUUAGGGCGCCGUUAAUGCACGGUGUUAUGGGUGGUCUCCCUCUUGUCUCCUCCUUUUCUUCUAUGAAACACACACCCAUACGACGCUCAGACUCAAACCGGUUCCCCUCCCUCCCUUCCUUUCCUGCCCAACAGUGCCUGGCGGCCAUCGAAAUCACCUUCAUCCCGAAAACGCCCCACAGUCUCCAGCUCCCAGUGACGCCCCGGUUGCCCAACCAUCCCCUCAGCUUCUGCUGCUGCUGCUGUGGCCGCCGCCGUCGCCCAGUUAAACACCGCCCCGCCCCGCACCUCCAUCUCCUGCACCCCUCCCGCCUGGCGCGCCGCCUCCCUCGACCUCACCGCCCCGCCCAGCACCGCCAUCUCCUGCACCGCUCCCGCCUGCCGUACGAUUGGUGGUUGGUUGGGGGCCGGGUGAAGUUGCUGACUACACCUCUCUACCUGACCGCUGCUGCUGCUGCUGCUGCUGUGGCCGCCGCCGUUGCCAAGUUCAACACCGCCCUCCCCAGCAGCACCCAGCCCGUCACCAUCACCUACACCGCCCUGCUGUCACUACUCCCACCAACACCUCCAAGCUCGUACGGUUAAGUAGGGCGCGGUGUGGGGAAAUAUAUCAACAACUUGCCCCAUAACGCCUCCAUCCCCGGCCUGUUAUGUUGCCUAUUAUGCCUUGCCGGUAACGCUGCGAUGCAACCCACCCACGCCCUGUGCUUGUGUGAAGCAAUCCCGCGUGAUGCAGGAGUCUCUUGGCUCUGCGUGUAGAGUUGCGAGCACCUAACCACAGUCCGUCUGUGCAACGUAUUCCCUCACCACACGCUCAACUGCGUAUCCAAAGGUCUUCUUCCUUGCACCUUGGUUGUUGCACUGCGGUCUGACCUGACCUGCUGCACCCCUCAUGUGCUCUUGUUGCAGGGCAAAGGCGAGCACUAGCAAGACGAAUCCGCCAGCCACGUACGUAGCCCAGGGUAAGCGGGGCGCGGUGUGGCCAAGACACUGGUUGUUCGACGCCGGUGUGGGGCGGGAGGAGGCGCAGGUUUCGGGUUGUGUCGUACUCUGGCGUGUACUCUGGCGGCGUUGGGGGUUCGUAGCACUGCCUCUUAAGUAUGUAUAGGUAGCCCGCCCCACGUGAGUGCCCCACAAGCGCAAAUGGACGAGAGGGCAGCGCUGUUGAGAGCAGCAGACGUGCACAGAAGUGCUCAGGCAUGAUCAGGCAUGAUUUCGACAGAUAAGCGCUGCCAAAGAGCAUACACGCUGCCUUUUCGCCCUGUAACGCGCAUCCGCCCUCCCUGCUGGCAUCCUGCUUAACUUCAUGUGCAUGUUUACCCCCCACCCCCACAGGCACAGCACACAACGCUGUGGGUAUCAAGCACGCAGUAGAGUCUGUGGGUGGGGCACGGAGAGAUGGCGCAGCUCCUCCCUUUCCAAGCAAUGGUCUGCGUCAUCCCCUUCUCCACCCAUACACCCCUGCCACCGCCGCUGCCGCCGUCGUCACUGCCCCUACCUCGUCCCUCCUGCCAAGAUGCACGGGCGCUUCAAUCCCCACCACCUCCCAGACAAUACGGAGAGGGGCCGCCAACGGCUGGGGCUGGUUUGGGGUACGGCAAGGGGCAGGGAAGACCUAGCAUGUAGUGGGCUAGCUAGUGGGCAGAGGCAACCCGCCAAUAGCAACAGGCAUAUACUAAUGGCUUUCACCCCAAGCAUGCACCCUACCUUUGGGUCAUCCUCCUCCUAUCCAUCAUGUGCAUCUGCAUUUUACACCUGCUGAGCCUUCUCUCCCUGCCCCAAACCCCUUGUCUAGCAGGCGCUCAGCAGGCGCAUGGUGAACUCCGGUGGGAGGGGCAGCACCACCGCGGCGUCACCAUGAACCAUGAGCCAUCCAUUCCUUCCCAACUGACAGGCAAUUGUACGAAACAGGCAACACCACCAAGCGAUCAAGACCCCAAUCAAGACCAAGUUGUCAUAGUGCCGCUGCUGCUGCUGCUCUGCCGCAUGAAGAGCAGCAGCCCAAUAUGCUCCACCGCCACCUGCAGCACCACAUUCUCAGCAUGCAAUGCCAUGCCAUCCAUUCGUCGACGAGUCACGCGCGCGCGCACAUAGCAGCAUUCACUAAAGCAUAAUGAACAACAGCAAAACCACCUUUCAUUGCAUGUUUUCGUAUUGGGAUAUGAUAAGAAAAGCAGGGUCGCGCAUGCAAGCGCACAUACUUGGUGUAUUUUAUUUUCUUUUAAAGGGCCACCACAUACUACUAUACCUUGUUUUUUUCAAUGGCAACAUGGUUUACGACUGAGCUCGAACUUUUGGCCGGUAAAGCCAUCGAUGCGUACAUGAUUGUACGGAUUUUUCGUUUCCGCGCAUAUCUCAACAAACCAAGCACACCAUGGUGUUCAGCGUUGAAUUUCCUGCAGGUCCAUGUGUUUAUUGAGGUAGGCGACGGACUAACAAGCCACUUGCAGUACACCCGCCCGAAGGUAGAGCACACUGCAGGUGACUCAAGGUGUUGCAAAUGCUUACAUUAAGUGCAAAGACAUAUACGCCUGUCCGCCCUGUAACACAUCCUGUUUACGACCAGCUUGCGACCUCCGAACCAGCAUUACAAGUUAGCCAAGAGGCGAACUGCCCAAUGGCCAGUUACGUAGCGUUAUGUAGUGCACAUAGAACACUUAGGCAGGGCCUUGUCAGCUUAGGCCCAGCUGGCGACUGUGCGUUUCUUAUUCAAACAGAAUCGCAGUCGACCAGUCAGCGACAACAAGCACUGAGGAGAAAACAAAGACAUACGAG